AUGGACUGCAGGUCAGACAGAGAACCAGCGCAGCUGAACGGGAUUCAGCUGCCGUCUACGCUGCCGUCUACGCUGCCUUCUGCUAGGCCUCGACGAUGGUCACGUUUUACCUCUUCAUCUUUUGCCUCUCCGGCCAGGGAGCCUGCUGUUUCUGCGCAUCCCGGCCCUCGCCACCUCGACUCCGCUGGCCUUGAUGAGCCUGCCCUCGCACACCGGACUACUGCCCUAUAUCAGUUGAAUCGAUCGUCUAAGCCUUUCUCGUCUCGAAAAUCCCGACCAGCACAGGCUACCAGUCGCUCCUCGUCGACGUUGGCGUCCCAACCGGUCUUAGUCCGGGCUUACUCUGGCCAUGCUCAGGACCGCCCCGAGCCCGCCAGAAUGCCUUCGCGGCGGUCGUUUUUACUGUCAAGGGCCCCCGCGGCGCGGCCCCGCGGCCCGGAGCUUCCAUCAGAUGAAGAUUUCAGCAUUGAAGGCAUCCUGCGUGCAAUCGAGCCCGACAUUCGCGGGACGUUGGAUUCGAUCGCCGAGAUCUGCGGUCGAAGCAAGCUCAGCCUGGCCAACGAGUACAGCAGUCACAUUGCGCCCUUGGGAGAGAUUCGGGCCCCACCAGGGGGUCUGCUGACGGUGGAUGAGGCCACCCCCAGUCAUGAAGGACAGACCGAUGAGAGUGUGGCUAUCCUGGACGACGAUGCAAGCCUGGCUGAUGGACGGGAUGCGUCAUAUCCCUUCUCUUACUACAGCUAUCCUCACAACCCGAGUUUCCAACCGCUAGCUGCGUUCUCGGCCGGCGAUGGCUCGUCGGUUCAGGUCCAGCCCGACACCCCUCGAUCUGGCCCAUUCAUGGAUCUUGGGCUGGAAAUGGAACCCGAUCACCUACAGGCGCUACCCGCGACACGAGAGUUCUCAUCCCGGCCCAAGUCCAGCGGCAGGGCUCUUCUAGCCACGCAGGUCGAAUCGUUGGGGCAGGCAGUGCUGCAAAGCAUCACCACCCCAGCCAUUGUGUCAGAGAUGCACCUAGAUGCACAGGCAGAUGGGUAUUCUCUCUCAGCAGGGUCUCGCCCACUGCCGUCAAACCACGAGACACGCGUCGACCUUCAGGGAUUCGUCAAGUGGUUCAGGGUUGCCACGCAAUACCCUGCAGCGGAGACCGCUUCAUCCCAGCAGUCGGCAGAGACCCGUCUACGCGCCAUGCUUGAGCAGGUUGACGCGGGUGUCGCCCAUACGGCAUGA